UGGCAGAUGUCAAAAUCAAUGUAGUAAUCUUCCUUCGUAGAAAUUUAUUAAAUUUUCAAUGAAAAUUGUAUCUAAUAUCUUAAAUUGUACCGUAUAAUUAAGGAGAGACGCUUUAUUGUCGGAGUUUCAAUGUUUACACUAAUAACGUUUCGACAUUUAGCUCUCCAUCGCAUCUUGCCACUUGUACCUAAAACCCAGAGGCUUUAGGCGCUUUUCUCGGACCCUGACUAUUCCAUGGCCAAAAUGGACUAAAUCGAGAGAUUAGUUUCAAAUCAAGAGCAUUAAAAAACAUUUGGCAUGGCGAAACAAACUCGACUUUUUCACAUGAAACUGGCCUCUGUUAGCCAUAGACCGAUUAAAUGGAAGGAGGAAAGGCAGGCGCUUGCCCUGCAGUGGGUAAUAGCUGAUAAUAAAUACAUAAAAAUAUUUAUAGCCUCUGUCCAGUUUCUGACAUAAGAAUCCUCGAAUCCCAUUGUCUGGGGAAAAAAUAUAGUAUUUAUCUUAUCUACUUUCCAAAUCUGUUUUGUUGUUUUUCUUUCACAGAUUCAUUCCUGACCACUCGAUAAAUUUAUUUGAAGCACUCUCGGCCUAAACUCUAUCUCAAGAAUCCCAAAUGACCGCAUAGAUUAUGUUACACCAAAAUGUAAAUUUCCGGAACUUUUAUAUCCAUUGCGAAUUUACUUCGUCCAAACAAAGAAAUCACUUGACAAGAACAGCAAUGGUUUUCUACAUAAACCUUACUCGGAAACGCUUCCUAAUAGCUCUUUCCAUUCUUUUUCUAUUGGAGUGUUACUUCAACAUGUCAAGUUAUUACAAAGUAUUGUAUGAUACUACGUACUUUACGAAAAGUUUAUCUCCCAAUACAAGUGCUAAUGUAUUAGCAAAAAGUGUAGAAACGUCUACCGUAUGUAGUGAAGAAGACUCGUUGGACUAUCAAACUACAGGGAAUGAUUGGAAGCCAUACAAGUAUCCAUUAAUAAAUUCAACAGACAUAGAAAUGGAACUUGGAAAUCAGUACAAUACUUCAUAUGACUGGUUUAUGGCCAUGAAGCAUCAGUUUAAAAGAUUAGGUAGUGGGGACUCUCCUAAAUAUUCAAAAGACUUACGCGCUUGUGUAGUAAACAUGUCUGCUUUUGAGCCAAUAAAGGUGGAAAAGCUUGAACUGCAAUCGAAAAAGGUGCAGAAAGAACUCCUGUUUAUAAAACGAGGAGGGCGUCAUGCGCCUGCGCACUGCCGCCCUACGCAUCGAGUGGCCAUUAUAAUUCCAUACCGGGAUCGCAGAAAAAACUUGAUAAUAUUACUGCAUUACCUCCAUCCCUUGUUAAAGAAACAGUUGUUGGAUUACAGAGUGUUUGUUGUGGAGCAGUUCGGUAAAGAAAAGUUCAACAAAGGCACAUUAUAUAACAUCGCGUUCCUGGAGAGCCAGCGGUUCGGCAGCUGGGACUGCCUGAUCUUUCACGACGUGGACCUCAUCCCCGAGGACGAGAGGAUCUCGUACUCCUGCCAGGAGAACCCCACGCACAUGGCGGCAGCCGUCGAGUCCUUUGGUUAUAAACUACCUUACUCGAAAAUUUUCGGCGGCGUGACGUCACUCACUCCAGCACAAUAUGAAGCCGUCAACGGAUACUCCAACUUCUAUUGGAACUGGGGCGGAGAGGACGAUGACGUUCGUGGCAGAAUACUCGCAAAGAACAUCACGAUUUCGAGAUAUGAUCCAUCGAUUGCCCGAUACGCUACGCUGCCACAUCCUUAUAACGAAUGCGGAAGAGAGAGAAUCCUCUUCCUUUUACUAUCGAGACUACGGUACCACAAGGAAGGGCUAUCCACAACCCAAUACAAGAUAAUCAAAGUGUCUGAGAAGAAGCUGUACACCCACAUUGUGGCUGACGUCAACCCCAUGAGGAUCAAACUGGACACGAAGAGUUUGAUGCAGCGGAUCAUAAGGAUGCAUGGAAGCACCAUGACAUACAGCCGACAGGAUUUGAACCUGAAGGCGAUAGCUGCUAGACGUCUGCACAGCAUAUGAAUUCUGGUCGAAAAGAGGUUAAUUUCGGGUAACUUAAUAUCUCGAAAGACCUUGUUACUCUGGUAAUAGUAGAAAAAGUAGUAUUUCUACAACAGUCUUCGUUCGGUCUGAAGUUUAUUUUCUCGUCGUUUAACAGAAAUAAAUGUUUUUACCAUGUAUUGAGUUAUUUUAUUUUACAAAGAGAUUAAAAAGACAACUUAAUUCCUGCCAAAGCCGAAAAACGUCUCCAUGAGGCUGGCAGCAUUGCCUCG